GGAGAAAGUAAAAAAGUAAAGGGGAUAUUUAAAGAAGAACAAUGUUAUUAUUAUCGGUCUAAACUAAAAUCUAAAUCUUGCCUUCCUGACUUUCUCUCUACGACAGAAUUUUUGAAGCUUCUCUCUGCUUAUCGACACGAUGGUUCUCGAGGCGACUAUGAUAUGUAUCGACAACUCCGAGUGGAUGCGAAACGGAGAUUACUCUCCGUCUAGGUUACAGGCGCAAACGGAAGCUGUUAAUCUUCUUUGCGGAGCCAAAACCCAGUCGAAUCCGGAGAAUACGGUGGGGAUUUUGACAAUGGCUGGCAAAGGAGUUAGAGUAUUGACUACUCCUACCUCUGAUCUUGGCAAAAUUCUGGCCUGUAUGCACGGCCUUGAUGUGGGAGGAGAGAUCAACUUAACCGCAGCUAUCCAGAUCGCCCAGCUAGCUCUUAAGCAUCGCCAAAACAAGAAUCAACGCCAAAGGAUUAUUGUUUUUGCUGGAAGUCCAAUCAAGUACGAGAAGAAGGCCCUAGAGAUAGUUGGAAAAAGGCUGAAGAAGAAUAGUGUCUCUCUUGAUAUUGUCAAUUUCGGGGAGGAUGAUGAUGAGGAAAAGCCUCAGAAACUCGAGGCGCUCCUUACAGCUGUGAAUAACAAUGACGGUAGCCACAUUGUUCAUGUUCCUUCUGGAGCCAAUGCUCUCUCAGAUGUGCUUCUCAGCACACCUGUAUUCACGGGUGAUGAGGGUGCAAGUGGCUAUGUUUCUGCGGCAGCUGCUGCAGCGGCCGCAGGUGGGGACUUCGACUUUGGUGUGGACCCAAAUAUCGAUCCAGAACUUGCUCUUGCCCUUCGGGUCUCCAUGGAGGAGGAGAGAGCAAGACAAGAAGCUGCUGCCAAGAAGGCGGCCGAUGAGGCAGGUCAGAAAGACAAAGAUGGGGACACAGCUUCCGCCUCACAGGAGACAGUUGCUAGGACAACUGACAAGAACGCUGAACCAAUGGAUGAGGACAGUGCGUUGCUAGAUCAGGCAAUUGCUAUGUCUGUUGGUGAUGUGAAUAUGUCAGAAGCGGCUGAUGAGGACCAGGAUCUGGCUUUAGCUCUGCAAAUGUCAAUGAGUGGGGAAGAGUCAAGUGAAGCUACAGGUGCUGGAAACAACCUCUUGGGAAAUCAAGCCUUCAUAUCGUCUGUUCUCUCAUCGCUUCCUGGGGUGGAUCCAAAUGAUCCGGCAGUUAAAGAACUACUAGCGUCUCUGCCAGACGAGUCAAAGCGUACCGAGGAGGAAGAGAGUAGUAGCAAAAAAGGCGAGGAUGAGAAGAAGUGAAGAAGGAUCUGAGAGUCUCAAUAAAAAUUCCUCUUGUUUCUUUGGUUUGAUAGAGAUUGGAACUGAAUUUAACUAAUCUCUCUGCCUUGUGAAAUUUGUUUUUUUCUCUCUCUCUCGCCUUUUUAUAAUGUUGUUAUUGUACGAGUCAAGGACUAGCUUCCUUCUUAAUUUUUAUUGGACUUUAUGUCAAUGGGCUCUUAGAAAGUAAGCCUAUUUGUUACAGGUCUCUCGAUCAAUUCAGUAGAAUAGCGAGUCCUAAAUUCGUAAUGAACCUUGCACAAGUGUCAAAUCUGAAAUAUUCUUACGACAGUGCAAAAAGUCUACAUUGGUAAUUAAAUUUUGCUCACAUUUCUGCGAAGUUAUGUUUUU